AUGGAGGCCAAGAGAGCUCAAGAUACAGCUGAAGAAACUCGUGUGAGAAGAGAAAAAAAUCGACUUUGUAAGACUGCUUUCAGAGCUAGAAAGAAAUCAAAAAAACCGUCUGAUUCUAACCGGGAUUCUUCUAGUCAAAAAUCUGUAGUUAAUAAUAAUACAUUCACAUCUGAGAACAUUUUAGAUAAUGUUGAUGCCUGCCCUAAACUUGGGCGAAACAAAAAAUCUGGUGGCGGCGUCAGUAGCGGUGCUGGAAAUGUUAGUAGCAUGAGUCGUUCAUUUCGACAUUCUCAGCAGCUGGUGUCAAAGUUGAGAGGGCCGAGGUCAGUUAGAGAGCAAAGAUUGUUGAACAAUGGUAACUGGCUGUGGUCUUGCAGCAUCUGUGAUAGGCGUCAUGUUUCUAAGGGAUACAUACUUCUACAUAUAAAGGUCGCACAUUCAAAAGAGUGCAGCAAAAAAGCAGCAAACACCAACCCUGUCAGGAUAACAAAAGAUCUACCAUCUCAGCUAGAUGACAACGAGCGUUACAUUGAAAUCUCUUCAAGACUGAAAAAAUGCUCCAUAUCUCUGGUUGCCGCUGAAGACAUGGUCAACUAUGAAUCUCUAUCCAACAUCCUGCUUGACAAUGGGGCCAGUUUAGUUCGACAUUUGGACACGGAUGAUGAUGUGGAGUGUGAUGUAGAUCGACACAAAUCUUACAAAUGUUCCAGAUGUGAGUAUCGAGGCUUCAGAUCGCUUGUUGUUAAGAAACAUUUCAUCCAAUGUCAUCCUUCCUUUGAGGUUGUGAUCAUAUCUUUGAAAGGAAAAUCAUGCAAGCAGCCAGGCAGUGCAGCUGUUGCAGCAGCUUCACUUCUAGCAACGACGACAUCAACCGAUAAAAACGGCACCCCAGAACAUUCAUUAGCGAUGAAUAAUAAAUUGAGAUUGAAGGCUCCCUCCCCACUCUACUCCUGCUACGACGUCAGCUGCGAGUACAUCACUAGACGCAGGAAUACAAUGAGAGACCACUACAGGGAAUUCCCCAAUCACCGCGGCUUUCGAAAGAGUAAAAAUAACUCGUCCGGAAAAUCCCAGAAAAAUGAUGAAGACGACGAGGAUGAGAAUGGCGAUGAUUGUGAUAAUAACAGUAACAACGGUACCAAUAAUGGUAGCAGUAACAAUAACAACAACAACAAUAGCAAUAGUGGUAAUAAAAACGUUGAUUCUGACAAGAAAUCUAACAGAUCACAUAAUGUACAGGGCAGUAGUAAUGACAGUAGAAACAAUAGCAGCCAGGCUAACAACAACGAUAAUUGUAAUGAUGAGGAAAACGACAUUGUAAGCACGAAUGCCAACACGAUGUGUUUGAGUAAAGUGGCUUGUGUCACUACCACAACUUCUGUUGAUAACAUUAAUAAUACCGGUAGUAGCAGUACUGAUGUACACACGAGUGUAAAAGAAAAUAUUGCCGCUGCCACUUCUACUACAGCUGCUGCUACUACUACUGCUGCUACCAUCGCAUCAACCGCGUCCUCAACAAAACAGUCAGUAAUCAUUACUACUAGUUCUGCUCUUAUUACUACUAAUUCAGAGUUGAAAAAUAGCAACAGCAGUAGUAAUAAUAUUGUUUCUGGGUUAACGUUACUCAAGAAAAUGUUCAGUAACGCUGGAACGUCAUUGGAAAUGAAAAAAUUUACCAAUAGUGAGAGUGCCAACAAUAAUAGUAGUAGUAGUAGUAUCAACAACAUCUGUAACAACAACAACAACGCCACUGCUCAUUCGCAGAAACUCAACACCGUAGAGAUAUCCACAUCCAACAGUAAGCAGCAUAUAACCGGAGCACCAACAUCUUCCUCUCUAGCACCAUCUUCUCCAUCAGUGGCACCAUCAACUGCAACAUCAUCGCCAUCAAAGUGUUCAGUUUGGAAAUACAGCGUCGACGGGGACAAGUACACUGUUGAUGGCAAGUUACUGAAGAGACCUGGUACCAGGAGGAUGUUCUCGAAGGAUUGUGAGGAGAGGUACAGGUGUGUUACCUGCGGAUACAGAUCCAAGCUACCCACUACGCUAAAACAGCACAUGGUGGCAGAACACUUGGAAAUAUUUUCUGAAACUGCUGGCAAUACUAACAACGCCGGCGCUAGUAAUGUUAAAAAUAAUCAAACUCCACAUUGCAUUGAUGUUCGAGCUAAGGAACUUCGCAAAAGACAAAUGGUUCUUUUCUGCUCCCACCUGAAGUGUGCAUUCUACUGCAAGGACGUCCUUGAACUUGAAGCUCAUCGCGCUACUCCCAACGAGUGCCCCUUACCUCUCAAGGUUACAAGCAGUGCCAGCAGUAUAUUCACGGAUGAGUCAAACGAUCAGGCAAAAGGCGGUGCUAAGAAUAAAGAAUCGUCUUCGCGUGACGUUAAAUCAAGUUCAUCUAGCGGUGAUAUAUCAUCAUCGAGGAAACAUAGGCGUUUGUCGUCUGGUAGCUUAUUCACCGAUAACGAUGAUGCUGAUGAUGACAGUGAUGGUGGUUUCGAUACGGAUGAAGGGGACUGCAGCAAUGACGUUGAUUCCAUUAGAGAUUCUACCAACACCACCUCCAAAUCAUCUCAUCAUUCGUCGUCGUCGUCGUCAUCAUCAUUGACGAUGAAAUCCAACAAUUUGGCUUCAUCGAAACCUACAAAAUCCUCAUUAUCUUCUUCAGCGUCUUCAUCCCCGUCACCAGCGCCUGUAAGAACAAACAAGUCCUACCAAUGUGCCACUUGCCCAUUCACGACGCUGGACAUCACAAGUGUAAAAUCUCACCUCUUAGAGCAGCACUCAGAUCUUAUAGCUCCACCUCCAGCAUCAUCAUCGUCAUCGUCUGCUCACCACCACCAUCAUCAUCAUUAUGGAAAAAAUGAGUCAUCGAGAAGAGUUGGAUACACUGAGAUAUCCAGUGAGAUGAUGAGUGAUGGCAACUUUAUGACCAGCGUCACCGACUGCUACAUAGACAGCAUAUUCAAUAAUGAUGACGAAGACGGUGACGGUGCUAAGAAGGAUAUGCAGAGGAGGGUCAAAAGAAAAAGUAUUUCCACGCACAGUAACAGUAAAGUUACUCACAAUAAUACUUCCUACAAUUCUCCCAGCUGUAGUAGCAAUAAUAAUGAUAAUGGUUUAAAUAGUACUAGCACGAACGUAGCAGCCGUUGAAAACUCUGCAAAGACCAAUAGUAGCGACAACGCCAAUCCAAGUGAUUCAAAUACAACUACUUAUUCUCAAUCAUCUGCGGAUGUAGAUGCCGCUGACAAACAAGCUUUAAGUAAAAUCACCAGUAUCCAAAGUAACGGCUUCGUAAAUAAUGCUUCGAUUACUAGCAGUAGUAAUUGUAGUAGUAGUAAUAUUAGCUGUAGCAGUAGUAGUAAUGUUAAUAACGUUAGCAAUUUCGGAGUGUUUGAUGGGAUUAUGUCUGGCCUGAUGAAGCCAGCUGACAAGGUGUAUACAGUUUUGUAGCAGAUAAGGUUUUUUUUUCUCAUUGGUGAGUGUUAUUAAUAACUGUUAAAGUAAAGCUAAAACUUAAUUACUAUAGUUUUUAUUAAUUUUUUGAAUCUUCGUUAACGUUUAUAUAAUUGUUAUAAUUAUUUUGUUAUGAAAUUCUGUUAAAUACGAUGAUAAGUCUUCGUUUGUUGUGUAAUGUUAUUUCCUUCCAUUACUUUCAGUUUUGUUAGUUUUUAAGAGGAAAAAAUAGGCAAAAGAACGCG